GGCGCUGACGCUCUCUUCCGGUCGUGCUGGCCCCUUUCGAAAGGGUUUUGGGGUGCGCACGAUGAGGCUGCUGGCCGUAGUAGUGGUGGCUCUGCUGGCUGUCACUCAAGCAGAGGAUGGAGCCCGGCUCUUGGCGUCCAAGUCACUGCUGAAUAGAUAUGCCGUGGAGGGCCGAGACCUAACCCUCCAAUACAACAUCUACAACGUGGGCUCCAGUGCUGCGUUAGAGGUAGAAUUAUCUGACGACUCCUUCCCGCCAGAGGACUUCGGCAUUGUCUCUGGAAUGCUUAAUGUCAAAUGGGACCGCAUCGCCCCGGCUAGCAACGUCUCCCACACUGUGGUCCUGCGCCCCCUCAAGGCCGGCUACUUCAACUUCACCUCUGCGACUGUUACUUACCUGGCCCAGGAGGACGGCCCAGUGGUGGUGGGCUUCACCAGUGCACCAGGACAGGGCGGCAUCCUGGCCCAGCGGGAGUUUGAUCGGCGAUUCUCCCCACACUUUCUGGACUGGGCAGCCUUCGGGGUCAUGACGCUCCCGUCCAUUGGAGUCCCGUUGCUGCUCUGGUACUCUAGCAAGCGGAAGUACGACACUCCCAAGACCAAGAAGAACUGAGUCAGCCACCGUGACACUCUCGGCCUAGGACACCCAGGUGCUUUCCGGACUCUGAAGGGCACUGUCAUCACCGCCACCUCUGCUCCUCUCACCUCACACCUGCUCUUGGAUCCCGGCCCAGGAGCCCAUCAGCUCCUCCUGGGUCCCAGCCUGAAGCCAUACGAACAGGAAUGCCUUUGGCAGAGCCCAGGCCUCCAGGCCUUUGGAGGCGCCGUGGGGGUACUCCUGGCAGUGUGGACUCUUGGGGGUUGGGGGGGAGGUCAGGGGACACUGCACCUCGGCGACUGCCUGACACCACCUGCCCCUGCCCUUUCCUCCCUGACGGUGGAAUAGAAGCUGCUGCCUGGUCUUGGUCCUAGGCUAGAAGCGCUUCCCAAACGGGGUUUUCUAAUAAAAACCUGCCACAUGGA